AUGUCGACUAAACUGCAGGUCUCGAAGUCUGGGAAGAAAAACUCUGCCAAAGGUAUCUCGGCACGAUCUCCCAGCAAGGUCAAGCAGACUACGAAGAAGAAGGGAACUGUGGGUCCGCCGAAAUCCAGGUCAUCUAGCGGUAAGGGCCCACCUGGGGGCAAUAUUCGCAAGUCCAACCGCCCUCGAAAGGCGAGAGUGUGGUACGCAGAAGGUGCGGAUGCUACCGCAGAAGACGCUGAACCUGUUACAGUUGCGCGAAACAAACGACAGGGAGACGAUUUGGACGAGGCAGAGGCCAACGGCAAGUCGGGAGACGAGGCCGAGGCUGAGGACGAGGCUGAGGCCGAGGCUGAGGAUGAGGCUGAGGACGAGGCUGAGCACAAGGCUGAGCACGAGGCUCCGCACGAGGCGGAGGAGGAGGCGGAAGAAGAGGCCGACGAAGAUGCGGAGGAAGAUGAGGAGGAAAAGGCGGAGGAAGAGGCGGAGGAAGAGGCGGAGGAAGAGGCGGAGGAAGAGGCGGAGGAAGAGGAAGAUGGCGAGGCGGAGGAGGAGGAGGGUGGGGAGUCCGGCAAUGAGUCGGAAGAUGAGUCCGGGGACGAGCCGUCGGACGAGGAGGGUGGAGAGUCGGACGAUGAGCAGGGGGAUGAGGAGGAGGCAGUGGAGAGGAAUGAGGAAAACGGUACGGCAGAAGUGCAUGCCUGCGCGGAUGCUCAUAAGCCUGAGGUCACGAAAAAAACAAGCUUUGACGAGAUGCUGGAAGAGCAGGAUGACAGUGAAGGUGAUGCCGUGGAGGAUGAGGCUGUGGCAGAGGAACGAGCUUUGCUGCUUGGGAAGCUGAAGGCACUUGAUGAGAUCCAGGAACCCGUUGUCAGCUCGAAGCUCGCUGGAAAGGGUGCGAAAGCACAGUCGCGUUCAGGACCCUCUAAGGUUCCGGCUAAGCCACCUCCAGGGAGACAUGGUGUCGCCAUGGCUAAGGGUAAGGAGAAAGUGGUGGAGAAAGUGGUGAAGAAAGGGGUGGCGAAAGAGAGUAGCCCUGGUGGAAAGACGAAACGGGAGGAGUCCGCCUUGGUGGUUGGAGGUGCAUCAAAAAAGCGUAACACCGGUGAAGUUGCGGGCAAAACAAAGGCAACUCCAAAGGCAGCAGGUGCUGGGGCAAGAGGGGUAAAGGCUAAAGCAAGCGGUGGGGCUAAAGCGACCGCUAAGAAGGGCAACGCCAAAACCGAUGUCCCAUCCCUGUUGUCCCUAUCCUUGCCGUACCCUAUCCUCCCAUCCCUGCAGUCCCAUCCCUACCAUCAGCUCUCGUCCUAUCCCUGCCGUAAACCAAUCAGCCCAUCCGUUCUGUCUACCUUCCUCCCAUCCUUCCCGUCACCCAUCUCCCAUCCCUCCCGUCACCCAACUCCCAUCCCUUCUGUCACGUUCCUCCUAUCCUUUCUGUCACGUUCCUCCCAGCAGCACCCAAGGACUCCGGAGCUGCGCCACCAGUCUAAGGGGGUGAGGCAAUACCUAAACCCUGACUCCCUUCUGCCUGCCUGCCCCUCUCCCCUCAACCCGAAACCCCACUUGCUUCCCUGUCCAGGUCUAAGGGGGUCUAGUGAGGGGGUGAGGCAAUACCUAAACCCUGACUCCCCUCUGCCUGCCUGCCCCUCUCCCUUCAACCUUAAACCCACCCUCUUCCCCAUCCAGUUUGAGUGGCCAAUCCUUAACAAUGCGCCCGAUGGGAAGUUGAGCGGCAAGUGGGAGUACAAUCGGAUACAGUACAGGGAGAUGUGCACCCGUGUGAAGCAGGAGGUCGAGAUCGCUGUCAUGGACCAUGGUGUCCCAUACGACAGCAACACGAACACAAUCAACUUCCCCAACGGCGUCUACAUCGACGCGUCUGACAUGGAGACCCUUGUCAGCAGGGUGCAGGUAACUUUGUUGCAUCACUCACCAUAUCUUUCGUCCCCUUCCCCUUCCUCCCAUCUCUUCCGUCCCCUUCCCCUUCCUUCCAUCUCUUCCGUCCCCUUCCUCCCGUCUUUACUGUCCCCUUCCUUCCGUCCCCCAUGCCUCUUUGCGCAGGCAGCAUGA